AUGGACGUAUCAAUAGAGAAAGUCACACAAAGAACCAAUCAAUAAACCAUUAGAUUACUGUCCUUGAUCAAGAAAGAUAUUUCUUAAAAACUUAAAAAAAAUCACUUCUCACCUCCUUCAUCACCAUCUAUAUUAGAAGCUGUUCGAUCUAAACCUUUAAUAAAAAUUGAAAAAUAACAAAGAUCACCAGUAGUUUAACAAAUAAAUGAUCUAGAUUUUGGUUACAUGGAAGAAUUAGAAAGGAAAAAAAUGUUUAUGAUGAUUAGACUUGGUCAUCUUAAGGAUCCUGCAAGAAUGCUUCCAAUCCAUAAUUAUAAUAAAAUACCAGUACUACCUAAAAAAAAGAGAAGAAAAAACCAUUAAACUCCAUCACCAAAGGUAUCUCCUUUGAAAAUUACUUUACAUAAUCCCAAUGAUAUUUCAUUACCUGCUUUAAGUACAAAAAUACAUGAGGAUCCAUAUUAAAUGAGUAGAAUACAUAAUACUAUCAAGCAGAAAUUAGAUAAAAAAUAAAGGAGAUUAAAUGUUAUCAAUAAAAGAAUACUAAAUAAAUUCUCUAUUGAAUGA